UUCCUCUGGAUGGAGGGGGGAAAAAAAGGGCAACAAGUACCAACAGUAACCCAUGAGGGAUGGAAUUUCCCCUAGAGCACGGAAAGCAUCUCAGUGGGGUUGCAGAGGUUGUGGGUUUGAGGGACAUCUGCUAUAAAGGGGGAAAAAAGGUGUUCUCAGGCAUGGUCAUUAGGGCAGCACAGAUUUCCGGUUAGUCUUCAUGAAAUAUUAGUGAACCAAACCCAUUUCCUUCCUUUGUUCUCAGAAGAGCAUCUCCACACAGGGGAACAUCACCUCUGUGCAGGCCCAUCUAGAGUUAGAGCUAGACGUGUGGGUCAGGAUGGCGGUGAGCAGAGCCCUGCUCCUCCUGGGUGAGUGCAGCCAUAGGGUGAGCAGAAGCCCCAAAAAGCCCCACUGAUCUUCAGUGAGAUGGACGGAGGGCCAAGGAGGCUCCAUCUCCAGCCUAGGGUCUAUGGGGCGCUUGCUCUUUGCGAUGCUUUGGGUUAUGCCUGGAGAGGGUUUAGCUCUGUCUGGGGAAGGAGGGAUGUUUGUUUAUCCCGUGUGGUUGUGGGGAUUGGGAUGGAGCAGUGGUCACCACAUCACAUUACAGGCACAGGGCUUCCUCUGUAGGGUGGUCCCAGACAUUGCUGGGCAGGAAGGAAACUGAGGUCCAGCAAGGCUGGUGGGUGUGAGCACACUGAGGGUGGGGAUGCUGUGCUAUGGGGUGGUUGGGGCUGCUAGGAGGUGUUCAGGAACCUGGCAGACCUCACCAAGCCCCAACGAAGGCUCACGUCCAAGGGCAGGCAACUGCAGAAGAGCUGCCUGGGGCUUCUCACCCCAUCUUUUCCUCCUCGUUGCAGCUCAAGCCCUCGGCCUUGCUGUUACAGAGAUGGCCCUGCUGACCAUGGACCCCCCCUGGAGUGUGAUAUUCCAAGGGGAAAGUGUCACCCUGCGGUGCCACGGACCCCGUGUGCAUGGGCAGCAGCCCACAGCCUGGUACCACAAUAACAAACUCCUGGAGCACACAGAAACCAACACGUACAGGAUCCAGAAUGCCAGGUAUAAAGAGAAUGGCAGAUAUGAGUGCCAGAGCUCCGGCUCCACAUCCAGCAACUCCAUCACCCUGAGCGUCUCCUAUGACCUGCUGAUCCUCCAGGUCCCAUCGCAUGCAGUGUUUGAAGGGGAGCUGCUGCAGAUGAGGUGCCGGGGAUGGAAGGCAGGCAGUUUGGCUGCAGUGCGGUACUACAGGGAUGGAACUGACAUCACCAAACUCUACAACUCAGCAGAGCAGCUCUCCAUCCCCCAGGCCAAAACCCACCACAGCGGCAGAUAUCACUGCAGUGCAGACAUGCACUCCUUUUUGUCGUUAAAGAAAAGGGAAUCUCAGGGUUUAUACGUUUCCGUCAAAGAGCUCUUCACCUCCCCAGUGCUGAGCGUAGCCAGCUCAACGGAGCCUCUCGAAGGAAGUCCCCUCAACCUGAGCUGCAUCACACAGCUUAGCCCCUACAGACCCCACACUGUCCUCUGGUAUCUCUUCUAUGGGAACAGCACAGUCCUUCGAGGUCCCACGACCUCCUCUGAGUACCAGGUGCCAACAGUGGGGCUGAUGGACACGGGGUUCUACUCCUGUGAGGUGCGCACGGAAAGCUCCAGUGUCCAGAAAUGGAGUCCUCAGGUGCCCAUCACCAUCAAACGAGUCCCCAUUUCGGGGGUGUCCCUGGAUGUUUGGCCCCAGGAGGGACAGGUGAUGGAGGGGCAGCGCCUGGUGUUGCACUGCUCCGUGGCCGUGGGCACCGGCUCCAUCUCCUUCUCCUGGCACCGAGAGGGCUCUGCAGAAGUCCUUGGGAGGGGCAGAAGCUACGAGAUCCCAUCGACCCAACAGAGUGACAACGGGCAGUAUUACUGCAUGGCCUCGAAUGGGGACAGCACAGCCCAGAGCCUGCUGGUGAAGGUCACUGUAGUGGGUGUCUCCUCACUUUUCUGCAGCCGUGUCAGAGCACUGCUGCUGCCGGCAGCGUUGGGGACCCUAUUGCUGGGGGUGGUUGUUGUCCAUGUCCUCAUUGCAUCAAGCAGAGCCAAAAGGAAUGAAGCACCAAACGCAUCUGCACCAGCAUCAGUCGUGCUCCAGGAGAGGAUGUUUGAGGCUGUCCCCGCAAGAGCACCCAGGAAGUGAGCAGAAUGAGUGUCCCCAUGUCCUUCCCCCAACCUGACCUGUCCAUGUUGUAGCAAAGAAAUACUUCUCUUCGUUUUACUGUGUACAUUGCCCAAUAAAGUAUUGCAGAGCAUG